GCGAGGUAACCGAGCAUCGUCAUGAUUGGAGAUUUUCCGUUUCCAUAGAAACCCUACUGUUCAGCGCAGAUGUUGGAAGUUUGAACAGCGCAACUGUCCAGGAGACACGAAGACAAAAGAACAACAAAAGUAUACGUGAAAAAAAUGUCGGCAGCUGGAUUAAGAGCAAUUUCUGAGUCUCCAACUGACAGUUUGAAAGAUAGCGAUCAAUUUAGCAUCAAGGGCGAUGUGUUAACAGAAGAAAACGAAGAUGUAGAGGCGGUUGAAGCGAGCGAAGGCAACAGUGGAUUUUUCAUAAAACACGGAACUUUCAUGGGAACAGAAAGGGAGCAAAUGGAUUCGCAAGCCUCAGAUAUGGCUUCCUGUGACAGUGACUACGACACAGACCUCGAGACGGAAGAAAAAUCUGAGAAGUUCGAUGCCACGGGGUGGAAGAUCUACCUCGCUGCCUGUAAGUUCUUGGAUAUAACACCCGUUUCCUUCUUCCUGAGAAAUAUUCAGGAGAAACAGCUAAAUUUUAGGCAUCGUUUGUUGGGGGCCAAAGGAGGACAGGCCCUUGCCGCCGCUCUAGAGCUCAACACAACCUUGGCCAGUUUAGACCUCCAUGAAAACUUCUUAGAGGGAGAAGGCGGCGCAGCUAUCGCAGCAAUGCUCAAAGAAAACUGCUACAUCACAGAACUGGAUGUAUCUUCAAACAAGCUUGGUUCUUAUGGCUGCAUGUCGAUGUGUGAUAUGCUACAGAAUAACGUCAGCUUGCUCAAAAUUGAUCUAUCAGAUAACGGUUUUAGUGACAAGGAUACUGUUUAUUUGCUCGACGCGUUCAAGGGAAACGACAAGGUCACCUGGAUGAACCUGAGCCACAACAAGUUCUCGGAGAAGUCUGGAGAAAAUCUGGGUCUUGGAAUAAGUUUUAACGACGCUAUGGAAUACCUCGACUUAAGUUGGAACCACAUUCGACGUAAAGGCGCCACUGAAAUCACCAAAGGGCUACGGACGAAUUGCACCCUGAAUACAUUGAAUUUAUCGUAUAAUGGUUUUUCCAAUGACGGAGCUGUCGCUUUGGGUGAAGCAAUAAGAGCGAAUAAUACGCUGAUUGAGUUGAACAUCAGUCAUAACCGAAUUACAACCCAAGGUGCUUUGUGUAUUGCUAAAGGACUGGAAGGAAACAACACCGUAGAGAUAUUAAAGAUUUGUGGCAAUCCCAUCGGAGUUCCGGGCGCCAUGGCUAUAAUAUCAGCUGCGAAAAACUAUUCUGACAGCGCUUUGACUGAGCUGCAUUUUAAGGAUAUAUACCUCGAUGAGGAGUUCGAUUUGCUUUUGGCGGAGGUUCGCGAGGUGAAACCUGAUUUUCGAAUCAUAGCAAACCUAAGGUCUGGUGCCAAGGAUCCUCUCAGUGUUGUUAGAACCUUUGUCUCAAACAAUCAGGAUCAAUGGCUUGAAAUCUGUCAGCAGUUUGACUCAGAUGGCACGUUCGGAAUUACAAGGACAGACUUUGUCAAAUGCCUGAGGAAGGCUGGUAUUGAAUUCGGAAUAGAGCAAACCGCCGGGCUACUCACCCAACUUGACCCCAUGAAAACCAGUUUUAUAAACUACACGAGUAAGAGGCUAGGAUAUAAAGAAUUACCCCCAAAGGAGCUAAAGAGCUGAUAGGAAAUGCAUGUUUGUCAAAAUAGCACAGAUUGAUGUAGCCAAAAAACAAAGUUAGAUACCAUGUUGGUUAUCGAUUAUUACUUUUUGGACUGCAAAAAUAUUUUUUGAUAAAACGAGAUUUAUUACAUACCCCUAGUGUAGCUGG